UGACACCUGGUCUCGUAGAUUCUUUUCCCACUAUCCAGAGCCUUCUCCCCUUCCGCUCCUGGCGGCCGUACCGCACCGUGACCGCCGUCGCCUCAAUCUCCACCAACACUCGCCGCCGCCGACGCCGACACCGCCACCGCCAUCGCCGCUCCCCUUCUUCGUCGCCCCUCAAGACAUCGCGCCACUGGGUCUCCUUCCUCUGAGAUCCCACCGGUUGUGCGAUCUAUCCCGAGACCGCGAGCGACGAAGCAGGGGAGAGGAAGGCAGCACAGCAGCAGGAUCCAUCGACUCCAUGGGAGCCUGGUUCUCUUACCCUGGGAAGAUGAUACUGGAUUGGAUGGCGCAGCGUAAGAUCCCAAGAGUAUCACCUCGAUCUGAUGUCCCCUCGUUUGAUGUGCGUAAACCGCGCACACCAGAAGAAUUCGAUGACCACCGCAUUUGCAAACUCGCCCUCUAUGCCCUCCGACAUUACAACUCCAACCACCCGGAUGCCAUGUUCUGGUUUCCUGAUCAGCCGAAGGUCGCCUGUGUUGCUUUCAGGGAAGAUUACUGGUAUCACCUGAACUUCUCUGCCCGCCGCACAGAAGGCAGCGACGAGCAGAGCUUCUUUGCUGAGCUACGCUAUGUGCAGUGUCCAUACAGACUAAUUGUCGAAACAUGCACCAUCUUAGAAAAGCUGUUGAGCCGCUUCAGAAGCAGUUGCGCACUGUGUGUGGACGGAUCCAAUAUUUUGCACCCAAGCGACAUAGAACUUGGGUGUGGAAAGGAGGGGCAUGAAGAGGAACUCUACCGUGAGAGGUGUAAAUAUAGCUGUGACAGGCGGAGAAAGGAUUACUUCAGGAAGGAGAUGCUUGAGACGCCCUCCCGGUUAGGAGGAGACAAAUGCCCUAACUUUGGCGUGGAAAGGAGGGACACGAAGAGCAACUCCACUGUGAAAGGUGUAAAUAUAGCUGGGACAGGCGGAGGAGGGAGACGCCCUUCGUUUAGGAGGAGAUAGAUGCGUUCCUUGUUAGGAGGAGACGUGCCUUGAUGUAGACUGAAUCGACCAUCGUGUUCUCUUCUCCAAUCCUUGUCUAGUGCCUGUAAAUUAUCUUUUUCUAAGUUCCUGUGUUAAGGCUGUACGACUUAUGUUUCAUC